GACCAAAUAACGGAUUCCUUUUCGCUUGUGACGUGUUGUAUUUUGUAAAUUAUGUUGUUUUAAGACAAUUUAAUUAAUUAAAACAAAUUUGUACUGUGAGCAUUGCAAUAACGAAGCACUAAACACUAUGUUAAGUUUACGGGAGAGGCAAAUAAAUGCAAUUAAGCAAAUGCUUAAUUUAAACUCGCAGCAGCCAAAAGCUUUAGCUGCCGAGCCCGUGUGGAAGAUAUUGAUAUACGAUCGCGUAGGCCAGGACAUUAUCUCGCCCAUUAUAUCCAUUAAGGAAUUGCGCGAACUCGGCGUGACGUUGCAUGUGCAAUUGCACUCGGACCGUGACUCUAUACCCGAUGUGCCCGCCGUGUACUUUUGUCUGCCCACCGAUGAGAAUCUCGAUCGCAUCCAACAGGACUUCUCCAAUGGUUUAUACGACAUUUAUCAUCUCAACUUUCUUGCACCCAUCACGAGGAGUAAGAUCGAGAAUCUGGCAGCUGCGGCGUUGCAUGCUGGCUGUGUGGCCAACAUACAUCGUGUCUACGAUCAGUAUGUGAACUUCAUCAGUCUCGAGGAUGAUUUUUUCAUUCUCAAGCAUCAGCAGAGCGAUCAACUCUCCUAUUAUGCCAUCAAUCGAGCCAACACUCGCGACGAAGAGAUGGAAGCACUAAUGGAUUCGAUUGUGGACUCGCUAUUUGCACUGUUUGUCACGCUGGGGAAUGUGCCCAUCAUACGCUGUCCGAGGAAUAGUGCUGCUGAGAUGGUGGCCCGCAAACUAGAGAAAAAACUACGUGAGAAUUUGUGGGAUGCGCGUGCAAAUCUGUUUCACAUGGAUGCAACGCAAGCAGGAGGCGGCGUGUUUAGCUUUCAGCGGCCAGUGCUGUUACUGCUGGACAGGAACAUGGAUCUGGCGACGCCGCUGCAUCACACGUGGUCCUAUCAGGCGAUGGUACAUGAUGUGCUCGACUUGGGACUGAAUCUGGUCUAUGUGGAGGACGAGGCAGCAGCUGCCACAGCCGGUACGCGCAAGAAGCCCAAAGCCUGUGACUUGGAUCGCACAGAUCGUUUCUGGGUCACGCACAAGGGCAGCCCGUUUCCCACAGUGGCCGAGGCGAUUCAAGAGGAGCUCGAGUCGUAUCGCAACUCGGAGGAGGAAAUCAAACGCCUCAAGACCUCGAUGGGCAUCGAAGGCGAGUCCGAUAUUGCCUUUUCGCUGGUCAACGACACGACUGCCAGGCUGACGAACGCUGUCAACUCACUGCCGCAGCUGAUGGAGAAGAAGCGUCUGAUUGAUAUGCACACCAAGAUUGCCACUGCUAUAUUGAAUUAUAUCAAGGCGCGUCGCCUAGACUCGUACUUUGAGAUCGAGGAGAAAAUCAUGUCGAAGCAGACGCUCGAUAAGCCGCUGCUCGAGUUGUUGCGCGAUGUUGACUUUGGACAGCCUGAGGAUAAGUUGCGUCUGUACAUUAUCUACUACAUUUGUGGCCAACAGCUGCCCGAAGCGGAGCAGGAACGCUUGAGAGAGGCGCUCCACGCUGCUGGCUGCGAUUUGACAUCGUUGGCCUAUGUACAACGCUGGAAGGCAAUCAUGAAUCGCUCGCCGAGCAUCAGCCAGGCAACGCAAUACGAAGGCGGCGGCACACGAACUGUUUCCAUGUUCACAAAGCUCGUAUCGCAGGGCAGCUCUUUUGUAAUGGAGGGCGUCAAGAAUCUGGUGGUUAAACGUCAUAACUUGCCGGUCACCAAGAUCACGGAGCAGGUGAUGGAGUGUCGCAGCAAUGCAGAGACAGACGACUAUUUGUAUCUGGAUCCCAAACUGUUGAAGGGCGGCGAUGUGCUGCCCAAGAAUCGUGCACCAUUCCAGGAUGCUGUUGUAUUUAUGGUCGGCGGUGGCAAUUACAUUGAGUAUCAGAAUCUGGUCGACUUUAUCAAACAGAAGCAGACGUCCAAUGUGAACAGACGCAUCAUCUAUGGUGCCUCAACGCUCACGAAUGCGCGACAAUUUCUCAAGGAGCUGUCGGCGUUGGGUGGCGAGAUCCAGACGCCCGCUGCGAGUUAGGAGCGACUGAUUGCCUUUCACUGCUGCUGAGCGGCCUAAAGGGAUCGAGGAGGGAUGCAACAUCAACAUCAAUAGCAUCAGCAACAACAAUUACAGCAGUAGUAAUGUGUGUGUUUGUGUGCGUGUGGCUUUUUCUUAUAUAUUUUUAAGCAUAUCCAAAAAUAAAUUAAAUGCAAGGCAACAAUGAAAAAAAAAACAACUGAAAAGCUGUGAGCCAUGGGCAAUUACUCGAAACUGACGCGUAAUCCCCGAAGGACAACAAGCAAAAACAUGCGUUGCCGCGUGUACAACAAGCCAUUGCAACUGCAACAGCAACUGCAGCAAAAACAACAAGAGCAGGCAACAAGCGGAGACAACUCAAGACAGCAAACUGCGCUCGCAUUCUAGGCGCCCAUUAACACCAAGUUGGCAACGCUUUUGAUGGACAGCUGACAGACAGCUGGCAGCAAAAGACGGUGACGAUGACGACGACGACGACGACGUCCACAACGACAACAAUUAUGGGGCGACAACUAUGCCAGGCACUUGGGGACUUAGCCCUUGCAAUUAACACCAAGCAGCCACACUAUAACACGUCUGGAACUAUGAAUGGAACAGUGGCUCCCAAACUAUUAACGCACUUGACACUGACACAAAAGUAAGUUGAAAAUGUGAGUCAUAAUGGUAAAAUUUGGGUAAUAUUAUUCAUUGUAUUAGAAAUUUAUAUUGCAGUCGUGACAUCUUAAUUCUAAAGAAAUAAUUGAUUAAUAUUCUUGGCUAUAUUAUAAUCCUUAGCAAUUAUUAAUAUUAAACUUACCAACUUUUGAUUUCUUAUCCAAGCUGAUGAAUGUCGUUACAAUCUCAGCAUAUUUUCCGAGGCAAUGUAGAAGAUCAUUUUAUGUAUUUCCAUUUAACUUUUUAGUCUAUUGAAUAUUAUUCACUUUAGCUGUUGAAUUUACUACAAUCUAUAUGUUAUUAUUGCUAUUAAAAGUAGUAGACAGUUUUUUGUGCUUCAGCACUUUCUAAAUUUAAGAUUAAUAUAUUUUCUGAUUUUCAAAUGCAAUUUUCAUUAGGUGUAGAUUUUUAUAAAUUCAAAAUUAGUUUAAAUUGUAGGUU